UUUUAGUUACUUGCACAUGUUUUGGUUUUUUCAAGUUAGAUUUUAUCUUUCAGAAGCGCUGUCAUGAAUCGAAACAAUUCGAACAGGCGAAAUUUUAAUAAUCGGAACGAUAAUAGGAACGAUAAUAAUUAUAAUUUUAAUAGCAGCAACAACAGAUUCAGAAACAACAACAGAUUCAGAAACAACAGAUUCGGCAGAUACAACAAUCGCAACGACGCCAUCAUGCAAUCGAACCAUCAACAACAGCAAAAAGUUUCACCAUCACAAUCUCAACUACCUCCUGAACGACAACAAUUCAUUCCCCAGUCAAACGUUGCACCGCCGUUCAACUAUUUCCUACCACCAGCGACUCCAACAACGAUCAACAUCUUUCCAACUGCUUCAUCAGCAACUCCUAAUCAGCUGCCGGAUUUUUCUAAACCACCUCCGCCUUUAUUUUUGGGGCCACCCCCGCCACUGCCAUUUCAGAAUCCAGUGCCACAAAUAACGACUUGGGGAGCGAAUUAUGGCGCAUUUGUGAAUUAUGGACAUGGUCAAGGACAGUUUAAUAACAUUCCAGCACAUAAUAAUAAUAAUAAUAAUAAUAGUUUUAAUAAUAAUAAUUUCAAUUAUGGUAAUAAUAAGCGUCCUCAUUUCAAUAAUAGCGGAAGAAAAAAUAAUAAUAAUUUUACAAAGAACAAGAAACCAAGGAUUGACAAGAGGGAUCUACCAGAGAACAAUAAAUUCAUCUGCGAGGCUUGUGACAGGGGUUUUAAGACUCAACAACUCUUUGACGACCACGUCAGAUCGCAUGUAAAACAACACUUGUCUGGGCUGGCAAAAAGAAUCUGGAAGACAGAGACGGCCGAGGAGAUCAAUAAAUGGAUUUCUGAAAGAAAGAAGAAUUACCCAACCAGUGAGAACAAGAUAAAGAAGGAGAGAGAGUUGGCUGAAAAGAGAGAGAGGGGUGAAGUCAUCGAGAGAAAGUUUUUUGGAAACUUGAAUCUAAGCGUUGGUGUUGAAAUGGAAAGUGAAACUAGCAUAACUACAGAAACACCAAAGAGACAAUUUAUAUCCAGCAUUGACGACGGAUGUAACGUUCAUAAUUAUAAUAAUGAUAUUCAUAAUGAUGAUGAUAGAGAUGGUGAUGAUAGAGAUGAUGAUAGCAGGGUGAGGGGUGUUGACAAUAGCAGUGAAGUUCAAAAGCCGAAAGAUUUCGAUGAUGAAGAAGUUAAAACUUUACCUAGUAAAACUUCCAAGAAAGAAUUGAUAUGCGGUAAUGAUGGCAAUACUUACGACGGAUAUAAUAAUAACAAUAAUAAUAAUAAUGAUGAUGAUGAUAAUAAUAAUGUUAUCAAAAAUGAUAAUGAUGAUGGUGGUGAUGGUGACAAUUGCUCUAUAAUUAAGGAUGUUACAAAUUUGAAAGAUAAUAAAGAUACUGAUGAUGAUACUGCUGAUGAUGAAAAUAGAGGCAAGAGUAAUGAUAAUGAUAAUGGUGAUGAUGAUGGUGGUGGUGAUGAUGAUGAUGAUAUGGAAGAUGGUGAGAUUACGUCAUCUGAAGAGGGUGUUAGCCUGUCUGGUAAGCAACGUAUCAAUAUAAAUAAGGUGAAUAAUAACAAUAAUAAUAAUAACAACAAUAAUAAUAAUAAUAAAAUAAAGAAUAAUAAUAAAGUUAGUGGUAAAAUCGAAUUCAGCGCUGAUGCUGGUUACUGCAGUGCAACGCAACCGUCACAAGAUAACCUGGCUCCUUAUAAAUGCUUUGACAACAAUAAUCAUAACAAUAAUAAUAAUAAUUUUGAUGAUAAUAAUAAUAAUAAUAAUGAUGAUGACGAUGAUGAUAACAUCGGUGACGACGAUGACGAUUUGGACCAGCCGCUCAUACGCUCGUCAAAAAAAACUGAUGAUGAUACUAUCAAAAAUUAUGAUAAUUAUAAUAAUAAUUAUAAUAAUGAUGGUAAUGGUGAUGAUGCCGAAGAUGCAAAUGGGGAGGAUUGGGAUGAUGGAGAUGGUGAAAAACGAACGUCACUAACGAAGUCAGCUUGUGGUGACAGUUUUAAUGUAGAAAGCAGCAAGAAAGAUCGAGAACGUAGAAGACAGGAUUCAAGAAACAACAACAAUAAUAAUAAUAAGAAGAAGAAGAAUAAAAACAACAACAACAAUAAUAAUAAUAACAAUAAUAAUGCUACUAAAUAUAAUAGAAAUAAUAAUAAAAACGCUGGUAACAAUGGCAAAGUUAACAAGAGAAGUUCUUUGCUUGAAAAGUUACUGGCCAAUGAGAUUCGACACGAGAGGAACGUCAUUAUGCAGUGUGCCAGAUUCGUGCUGAAGAAACUCGACGGAGCAGAAGACACAAUCUCCGAUAGAACACAUUAA